UGCUUUAAAUUAUUAUUUUUAUUUGUUUUGUAUUUAUCGACAAUGACAUUUUAAAGUAACAAAAAAAAACUUCACCGUCCGAAAUUAUUUAAGUUGCAAUGCAUUAUAACAAAAGACUAUGUGCUGAAUACCACAAACUAUGGCAAAACCUCCAGCUCGACAAUGGCGACAACGACGAAGAGAACGUAACUUCCCAUUUGAAAAUCUCAAGGAAUCCCUUCAUCAACUUCUACCGGUCUUAUGAACUGACACAUCCUAGCCAAACCAUCAUGUCCCUAGCAUCGCACGUGGCCAAACUGUGGGCCAAAAUGAACAUGCACGAAAAGAAACGCUUCACCCACAAAGCGAUAAUGAAACUACGACUUAAACAAGACAACAACCAAAGCAGGCCACCUCUAUUAGAUACCUGUUCGUUGCCGUACGGAAAAACAGAAUUUUCUACAAAAGAAACAUCUUCGGAUAUGCAAAUGAGUACUAAUAGUGCACCUCCAGAAAUUGAGAAUCUCAGCAAAAACCCUAUUCAAGCAGGUAUACUGGAAAGCUGUGUACAACAAGGAGAUCAACAAAACCAAAUUUUUAUCAAACCAGAAUUAUGUGCAGAUACUCUCUGCAAUUUAAACACAGACGAAUGUUUCCAACAAUGUGAUCCAUUAACGUAUGACGCUGCGAUGCAAGUGGCUUUUGCAACACCAGAACACUCGAGAAAUUCUGUCACAAUGAAGGACAACUGGAACCAACCAUCUAAAAUUUCAUUAUCACAUUUUACAAAACCAAAGAGGAAAGAAGAAACAAUUUCUUGUUCCAAUUCACCAAACAGCUCAGUUGAAUUUAUUGGAGUAAUCAGAGGGCCAUCUUUUAAUUUGAAUGAUUCCUCAACUGAUGAAGAAGAGGAGUAUCAACCAGAGGGAACAUCAUCAGGUCGUACUAUCUAUAAACGUAUUGCAAAAACCAAUGCCAUGAAAUUCCAAAAAAAUAUAAUACACAAACCAAAUACGAGUCCAAUAAAGAACAGUAGGAAUCUGAAACGUAAACGAAGUUCCGAAAGCAGUGGUGUGCAAAGGAAACGGAGAUACGAGUAUAACGGUAGUAAAUCACCAAAUACAAACACUGCUAAAAGACGUCAUACGAAGGAUACUAGUGACGUAGUAAGAAAAAAUACACGCACUAUGAACAAAACAAAACAUCCAAUAGACAGACAUAUAAGCCGAAGAUCACACCUUGGUGGGAGGUCAUAUAGAGAUAUCAUAGUUCAAUUGGGGAAAGAUAUUCGUGCGUUAAAAGAACAACGCCGAAUGUAUGAUAAUCUUUCUAAGUUAUACGACGAUUCAGGCAGAACUAAGCAAAAGAAGAAACCUUCCCAUGAUAGAAAUCAAAAACGAAGAAACCGAAAUUAAAUGUGAAGUAAAAAAUAAGUUAAAUUCUAAUAGAAAUGUACUACGGCAUUGAUUAUUUUGGGCGUAAUUAAAGUUUAUUUAGAAUAAAACAAUGUAAAAAUUAUAUAA